AUGUCAUCUGACUGUUUUUUAAAUGCUGGACAUUUGUGAUAAAACUUAUAUCUAAAUAUAAGAUAUAGCAUAUACCUUGGUAUUUUUGCAGUUUGUUAAAUGAGCCUUUUAUAAUAAGUGUGGACUCUUAUUCUGAAGAAAAAAGACGGAUGGGGCCAUAUAUAAACUUUCGUUAUUGUCGCUGGCAGACACCGGCAGACGGUUGGAUUUCAUGUAAACAUUCCACCUAAACAAAAUGCUGAGGUUGCAUUCAGGUCCUCGAAGUUACCCCUAGAGUAGUGGUCGUAUCUUUCUGCCUUUGUUAAUUUCCAUUGUGCUGCAGGUGCGAUAUUGUUGGUGGCAAUGUCGUCUUUUGACUGUACGCAAAAAUUGAAACGGGACAUUGUCAACAGUAUAGACGAGGCAAAGUUCAAACUGCAAACUCUAAGUCAUGAGAUAUGGGGCUGCCCAGAGCUUGCAUACCAGGAAAAACAAUCGCAUGAUACGCUCGCGCUUUUUUUCUCAAAUGAAUCUGGAUGGAUUGUUGAAAGUCAUUUCAUUUUAGAAACUGCAUUCCGGGCAACUUGGGGUCCAUUUGGUGGCAAAGAAGGCGAUAUAGUUGUGAAUAUUGGAUUUUUGUGUGAAUAUGAUGCAUUGCCAGUUAUUGGUCACGCAUGCGGACACAACCUGAUAGCAGAGGUCGGAGCUGCAGCAUCCAUAGGGCUAAAAGGUGCACUUGAGCGCGAGCCCAACUGUCCAGUGCGUGUCAAGGUCACUGUACUUGGGACCCCAGCUGAGGAGGACGGAGGGGGCAAGGUGGACUUGAUCCUGGCUGGGGAGUUCAAAGACAUGGAUGUUGUCUUCAUGGCCCAUCCCGCUCAGGAAGAUUUAUCAUUCAGCCCGUGCAUGGCUAUCACAGACUGCACGGUGAAGUACCACGGCAAAGCCUCACACGCGGCCGCCUAUCCUUGGGAGGGGAUUAAUGCGUUGGAUGCUGCCGUGCUGGCAUAUAACAACCUGUCUGUGCUGAGGCAGCAGCUCAAGCCUGAAUGGAGGCUUCAUGGUAUCAUCAAACAUGGUGGAGAAAAGCCUAACAUCAUCCCAGACUACACUGAGCUUGAGUUUUAUCUCCGCACACCGGUGUACAAAGAUCUCUCUGAGCUCAAAGCCAAAGCAGAGGCUUGCUUCCGAUCUGCUGCCCUUGCAACUGGUAGCCAAGUGGAAAUAACUUACCCUAAUCAUUCAUAUUCAAAUAUUCUUCGAAACACUACACUGGAGAACCUCUAUAAAGAAAAUGGGAAGGCGCUUGGAAUGGAAUUUAAAGAAGUCCCAAACCAUUUUGUUGGGUCCACCGACUUUGGAAAUGUGUCUUUUGUGGUCCCUGGAAUACACCCCUUCUUUUACAUUGGAUCUCAGGCUCUAAAUCACACUGCACAGUACACAGAAGCUGCCGGUGCAGAGAAGGCCCAAUUGUACGCUCUUCGCACAGCCAACGCUCUGGCCAUGACUGCUGUAGACGUCCUCUUCAGGCCAGACGUGCUGCAGAGGGUGAAGGAGGAGUUCACCCAGGCCAAACUGAAGCAGGAGUGAGGACUGAGCACUCGCGUCAGCCCAAGUCAGCCCACAUGUUCGUGAGGUACUUCUUCAUCUCUGACCAACUUCGUGUAUGUCCGAGGUUUCACAUCUCACCGAGAAUUCAGCAACUGUUGUUGCAGAUAUUUGUUCUGUCCACACAUACAUCCUCUAAUGCUGUGUUAUAAAAUCUUAAUUUAUGAAAAUCUUAAUCUUAAGAUCUUAAAUGAUGACAAAGGCCAUGGAAGCAUCUUGAAGGCAUAAUUACAUUUGGUUUUUCAUCACAUCAAAACAUCACAACAGCUUUCAGAAAACUAUAUUUAUUGACUAUUUCUACUCUGCAUAAAAAGCUUUUCAAGUGUUAAGAAUGCUAACCAUGUUUUUGUAUGGUUAAUUGUCUCUCCAUGACCACUGUACACUACUGAGGUCUCAAGGUUCCACAGUUCAUAUCAGUAGUAUUUUCUGGGUAACUGCAUAAUUUUGUGAAAACCCAUCUCAGUUGAUUUAGUCGUUUGUGCAUAAAAAUACAUGUACACGUUGCGAACUAUUAUAUUUUUAAGACAAUUAAUUUAUGUUACUAAACUGAAACAUUAAAUGUCUAUGUAGUUUCAUCAGAA